AUGGGGGAAAAAAUUUUUGAAUCCUUAGAUUUAUAUUUCCCUGAAUAUAAAAAAAUUAUGGAUCGAGAUUAUAAAUCUUAUGUUACAUACAACGCAUAUUCGAAUCAAAUUAGAGCAAAAAGGGGAAACCUUAAAUAUUUUGAUGUUAUAGAAGAAAUAUGCGAUAAAUUGGUACAGUAUUUAUUUGAAAUACAUGAUGAAAUUGGUAACACAUUAAGAAUAAAAAAAGGAUUGCUGUAUAUGUAUUAUUGGUUAUAUAAGAAUUACCUCAUAUCUGAGAAAGAUAAUAACUAUAUCAAAGAAAUUUAUAAUGAAUUCAUAAAUGAAUAUUAUAAAACUGAUAUGGGUAAAUUAUUAAAACCAAAUCCAGAGGUAAAUAUUUUCGACAAAGGAUGGAAGGAUAUGAUGGACAUAUGUGAUUUGAAUGUUAAGUUGUAUAAUAUAAAAAUCAAAAAUAUAUCAUUUUCCGAUAUAAACGAUAGAUGCAAUUAUGCCCAGAAAUGUUAUGAUUUAUACAUGCAAAAAUAUAAUACAUGUGAAUACAGUAGUAAUACCCUUUAUUGUAAUGAAUUAGAAAAUAUUUAUAAUCUAUAUAAUAGUAUACCAAAUUUAACGAUAAAUUGUGAUAAAACCAAAUAUACAAUGUUGGAUUCAUUAAAAAUUAACAAACAAGUGGUGGACACACAUAAAUCUAGUAAAUCAGUUAAGAUUAUAAUGCUAACUAUUGUUAUAUUACUAAUACCUCCUUUACUAUUUAUUAUUUAUAAGUUCAUCCCCUACAAUUCACACGUUCAUUGCGUAAUAAGAACUAUAAAAAAUAAAUACAGUAUGAUGAAUAAAGAGUGGAAAAUGUUGAAACCUUUAAAAAUAUACAAUAGGGCCUUAGAAAAUAGCAUGUAUAAUAUACUAUAUAAUUCUACAUAA